GGCAUAACCGGUGCAACUACUGUUGCGGGCUCUAUGGCCAUUGCCCAUAGGGCAGGUAUUAAAAUAUUUGUUACUGGCAGAAUAGGUGGUGUUCACCGAGAUGGUGAAAAUACAAUGGAUGUGAGUGCUGAUCUAAUGGAAUUAGGAAGAACCCCCGUAACUGUUGUAUGCGCAGGGGUAAAGUCAAUUUUAGAUAUCGAGAAAACUUUAGAAUAUUUGGUUCGUAUGCUUUUCUUAAUUGUCGUAAUUAUUGAAACCAAUAUAUUUCAUAUGUGGACUAUUAAUCAGGAAACUCAAGGUGUUACUGUUGUAACAUUCGGUGAUUCUGUAGACUUUUACUCCAAAAA